AUGGAGAAAAUUGAACACCGCGCCGUUAUUAAGUUCCUUACCAAGCAAGGAAAAUCCGCUCAGAUUAUUUUUCAAGAGCUGUUGGCUGUUUACGGGGACUCUGUCCCUGAAAAAACCAUGGUUUACAAGUGGCAUGGUCUUUUCAAACAAGGAAGAGAGUCCAUUGAAGAUGACCCACGCUCCGGACGGCCAAUUGAGGCCACCACUUCGGAAAUCGUCGAAAAAGUAGAAAAACUUGUAUUGGAAGAUACCCGGUGGAAGAAGAAGCAGCUUGCAGCAAUGAUUGGAGUAUCCGAAACCAGUAUUUUGAAUAUUCUACAUGAUCAUCUUGGCAUGACUAAGUUGCUAUUGGUAGCCGUUCUCGGGCUGAGCUCCGCCAAGCCCAGCGUGGUUUACCACGAGCCUCACGUAUCCGUCGCCUCCGUCUUGCCGGUCGCCUCAGCCGUGCACCUCUCUUCUCCAAUCGCAUACUCCAGCUACGUCGCUCCAGUCUCCUACAGCACCUACGAAAUCGACUCCUACCCCUCGUACUAUUGGAGACGCUGA